UUGAAGUUGCAGCUCAGAGUUAAUGACUGCCCAGGAGAUUUGGAUGUACGUUUGGCAUGCGAUCUCUGCAAGGCUGAGCAAGAUUUCCUGUGUAAGAGGAAGAAGCAUGUGGCCAGGGCACUAGAAAAGCUCCUGGAACAGAAGCUGCAAAGUCAUGAGGUCCCAGUGAUCGCCGUGAUGGCAACAGGAGGAGGAGCCAGGGCCAUGUCAGCAUUUUAUGGCCAUCUGUCUGCCCUGCAGAAGUUAAACCUCUUAGACUGCAUUACGUAUCUCUGCGGAGCCUCUGGGUCAACAUGGACAAUGAGGAGUUUGUAUGAAGACAAUGAUUGGUCUCAAAAAGAUCUGACUGGCCCAAUCCACAAAGCACAAGAGCACAUUGUUAGGAACAAGUCAAACGUUUUCUCCUUGGAAGCGCUACAGUUCUAUGAUCAGGAGCUGAGACGGAGGAGUCAAGAAGGAUACUCGGUUUCUUUUACUGAUAUGUGGUCACUCAUAAUUGAUCGUAUGUUCCAUGAUGAGAGUAAUAGCAAACUCUCUGAUCAGCAACAGGCUGUGAAUCAAGGGCAAAACCCACUACCCCUUUAUGUGGCCCUUAAUGUCAAGGAAGAUGCCCAAACCACUUCUGAAUUUAAAGAAUGGUGUGAAUUUUCCCCCUACGAGGUGGGAUUUUCUAAAUAUGGGGCUUUCAUUCGCUCAGAGGAUUUUGGAAGUGAGUUCUACAUGGGGCGAUUGAUGAAGAAGAAACCAGAAUCUAGGAUUUGCUAUUUGGAAGGAAUUUGGAGCAAUAUAUUUUCCCUGAACUUGGUAGAUGUAUGGAAUUUAUACCAAUUAUGGAAGUGGCCUUUCUCAGGUCAAGAAAAGGAUAACAGCAGAGGCAGCACUUCUACAACUCAGGUCUCUGAAUAUCAUGCAUUUUAUGAUACGCCCAGCAUCAUUAAUGGAGUUCUGACCCGUCGGCCAAUAGGUGAACAGAAACCUAACUUUUUGAGAGGUCUCCAACUGCACAAAGACUAUUACCAAAACAAAUCAUUUUCUAUGUGGCAAGAUAGUCUUCUGGACCAGCACCCCAACUAUCUUACACCACUGGAAAAAGAGCUGUGUCUUGUUGAUGCUGGAUAUUUCAUUAAUACCAGUUUCCCACCACUGUUAAGAAAGGAAAGGAAUGUGGAUGUUAUCAUAUCACUUGACUAUCACUUAAUGGAGACCAAGCUUAAGUCUAUAGAAAAAAUGAGCAAAUACUGCUUUGACCAGGAGAUACCCUUUCCAAAGAUUGUGCUGACAGAAGAAGAAAGGAGCAACCCAAAGGAAUGUUACCUUUUUGAGGAUAAGGAGAACCCAGAAUCUCCAAUCAUACUCCACUUUCCAUUGGUGAAUAGAUCUUUCAAGGAGUACAAAAGGCCAGGAAUUAAGCGGAAAUCUGCAGAAAAGACUGAAGGGGAGGUGGAUUUGGACAGUUCAAUGUCACCAUAUAAAAUGACAGAUUUGACAUACACAGAGGAUGAAUUCAACAAACUGCUAAGCUUAUGUGACUAUAACAUCCUGAACAACAGAGAACUGAUUCUACAAGCUUUGUGGACUGCAAUAGAAAGGAGAAACAAAAGCAAACUCUGAAUCGACCUAGGCAGGAUUUCAGGAAUGAUUUUCUGCCCUUUUUGAAAGACCUAAAAUAGAAAAUAGCUUGGGCACUCGGUGUGGAAUCAUUUUUCCCUCUUUUUUAAUGUUUUUGCUAACACUUUCAAACUGCAUUCUUCAUGUCUCAGAGUGCAUUUACACUGUUGAAUGCAAUUUGACAUUUUAACUGCCAUGCUCAAUACUAUGGAAUAAAGAGAAUAAAGUUUUACAAAAUCUUUAGCCUUCGUUGCCAAAGAGUGCUGGCUCCUCACCAAAAUACCACUCCCAGGUUGUCAUAGCAUUGAACCAUGGUGGUUUAAGUGGUUUCAAACCGCAUUCAUUCAACAGUGUAGAUGCGUCCUUAGUGAAACAUUUUCAUGUAUUUCAGAAUAUAAUAUACUAUGUAAUGUAAAUUACUUCUG